GGACAGAAGGUGGAGACAGCUUGGUACUAUUACCGAGAAAAUCAGGAAAUAGCGUCAAUCGCAGACGUGGAGAGAAAGGAGACACGGGAAAUGCAAACAGACCAGAAUGAGGUUGUAAGGACGGCGAGGAACCGACAGGGAUGGAGUUUCGCGGGAACGGUCGCCAAUGGCCAACAAGCCGAUCACGUUGACUAA